AUGAAGCAAAAUACAGAGAACAGUGAAGAGAGAAGAACUAACAAUCAGGAACCAGAGAAGAAGACCACUGAAGGAGAGAAGGAUUUGACAGAGCAUGAAAAGGAGAUGCAUGACAAAGCAGAGAAGCAAACAGAGGAAGCAACAACAAAGGUCACUGGGUUCUUCCAAGUAUUAACCGCAAAAAUAAAGGGAGGCGCAGAGGGGGUUCGCUCUGGCAUCCAUAAAUCAAUGAAUAAGAAUAAGUCCAAAUCAAACUGCACUGAGAAGAAAGAUGGACCAAACUGCAAGGACAAGUGCGAUCCAGAGGCAUCAAAGUGCUCUGAGAAGAAGCAUGAGCCAGACUGCAAGGACAAGUGCGAGGCAGACGCAUCAAAGUGCAAGGAUAAGAAAAAAGAGAUGCAAUAA